AUGGAAUCGUCGGAUUUCGUGCCUGGUGCGUCAGAAACGGGUUCCCUGACAGCCCAUUCCAACGAAGAGAGCCAGUUCGUCGGCAGCUCCAGUGGCGUUUAUUUCAUCAACACAGUCCGACAGGCUUUUUCGCAGAAUCUCAAUCAAUCUGCAGGAUCUUCACCAUCUGGACAUGGCUUUCCUCAACCGGAAGAUACGCUUGUGGGCAGCGAAGACUCGCCGCGGGAUAAACACCAUGCCCCGGCUUCAACUGCAGCGUCGCCUUCCAGGGCCGGUGACUCAGAGACUAUGAGCCCAUGGAAAUAUGCACCAGCAGUGUCUGUACAUCUGGGUAGUGCUCCUCCGGUUGGGAUGGCAAAGGAGCUUAUGAUGACGUAUUUCAAAGUCUGGCAUCCGCUGUUCCCUUUUCUGCAUGGUCCGACGUUCUUGCAGGCUAUGGAAUUGCUUUACUCGGAAGAUGCGCCGGAUACUACUGCCGCUAACCAGACGCCAUUUCUUGAUCACCGAAACGCUUGUUGGACUACCAUCUUUCAAUGUGUCUUCAACCUGGCAAGUUUUCUGCGACCUGAUCUCCAUCUGCCGCCGGAGUCCCAAAUCGAAUCUCCCAGUAGCAUGUACCCCCUACUGGGUACGUUGUCAUGCAGGCAUGAUAUUCCCUCCUUGCAAGCCCUACUAGCAGCACAGCUAUACCUGGUCGCGAGAAUGUCGCUUCGAACCGCGUCGACUGUUGGUGGUUGCAUCCUGCGAUCCAUGCUGCACGCGGGACUCCAUCGUUGUCCGUUCCGGUACAAGGAACUCUCGUCGCAUGAUAGGCAGCUACGUAAGAGGAUAUUCUGGUGUGCAUAUGCGAUUGAUCGGUAUCUGAGUCAGGCUCUUGGUCUGCCCCUUGGUAUUCAGGAUUCAGAUAUCGACGUCUGUCCUCCCGGGGCUCCAGAAAUCCAUCUUCCUGGGAUUCAUGGGACCCAAUGCUUACUCUUAUUUGGGAGGACACCUUCUGAAACUAACACGAGUCGAAGCACAAGGCCGGACAAGAUGUUAAACCAGGAAACAGAAGACAAGCGCAAAAGGGAAGCUGCUCUAGCAAGUUACGUGGAGUCCGGAAAGCUCACUGGUCAAGCACUGGAGCUAUUUCACAAAUCAGUCCUUGUUCGCUCCAUCCGGCGGAGUUCUGUUCUCUUUCUGGCUUCGGACGUCCAUAGAUGGUGGAAUAGCCUUCCACGAGAACUACAAGGGAAUCCUGCGAAAGCAGACGCAACCGUUCCUGCCGCUCCGUCUUCCGCAUCGCCGCUCACAGAUAAGCCGUUCGACUUUGGUCCAUUUUUUACUGUACUUUAUCAACAUCUCAUCCUCUUGAUCAAUCGGCCUUUCCUGUCUCUUGCCCCAUCUACUCCGGAAUUCUGUUCUGCGCUACAGACCUGCAUUGGAGCUGCUCGGGGAAUUCUUGCGGCUUUGAGAAGCCAGGUUGAUGGAAAGCAGGAGCUGUUCUGGCCUGGCUUUCUCUCUGCUGCUUGGAUGUCGGGCCUUGUCCUCGCUUUUGCCUGUCAACUGAAGCAAUAUGUCUUGUCUAAGGGCUCACAGGAGAUAAAUGAGUGCUUGGAAUUCCUCUAUAUUAUGUCUCCGCAAUGGGAAACAGCUAGGCACUGCCAUUCAGCACUAUCGUUACUAUUUAGUAAUAUACGGCAGUCGGCACAGGAGCCGCAAGGGUAUCGUCACCGAGCUGAAGACGAAGGAUCAGCCACCAAUACGAACAAGAAGCGAAGACUCGACAAUAAUCCCUCAUAUUACGCUGACGGACAAGAACAGAUGCGCCCUUCAUUGGUCCCUAACCCCAAUCUCGAGGAGCAGCAGCAACAAUCCACAAUCAAUCCCGUUUCUCAGUCACCGGAACCGAAUCAAGAACUCGUCAAUUCGUACGACCCCACUUCUAUCUCCGCAGACGCUGCUACUGCGGACAAUGGCUUCACAGAAGCAGAUAACAAUCGUCUCUUUUACUUCUCUGAUGGUACGACCUCCAACCCCGGACAAGGACCGGGAUUAAGCGGGGUGGGAAAUUUCGACCUCAACAUGGUGGAUUUGUUCCAGGCUCCAUCGAAUUUUGAUUCGCUUUUCGAUCUGUUCGGACAGCAAUACCCGAGUUUCUAG